AUGCGACGCCUCCGCGAAGACGAUGACGAUAGGUCCGAAGAGGGAUUCAGAGCCCGGAAGCAGCGCAAACAGCGCCCGUGUUUCAGUUGCGCAGAAUGUCGGAGACUCAAGAUGAAGUGUGAUCGACAAGUGCCGUGCUCCAAUUGCCUUCGUCGACACCGAGUUGAAUUUUGCGUUGCCGCUACGAAUAACCCAGGGACCUCCAAGUCAGCUCUACCCUCCAUCCUCUUGUGUCGCGCUGGUCUCCAGGAUCAGCAGCAAGGCUACCAAGGGCCUCCCGAGACGAACACAACUCGCCACGAAAAUGCUCAGCCGUUUGACCCGAACUUAAAUCAACAUACCAUAAACCGUUCGCAUCACGUCCCUUCGCACUCCAACGCCGGCGUUCCCAACCAAGUCAACCCUCUUACUCUUCUUGCCCACGCGCUCGAACCAUACUCUGUUCAGGCUCCCUCUCCUCACACUCCGGCUUCGGCGCCUUCUGGUAGGCUGGAGAAAUCUGCACAUAGCAUCAAUACUGGAACCAGUGCUUCCAGCAACCCUGCCCGCUAUGCUGUCGAGGAUGACCGGGAAAACGGCUCUUACGGCACUUUGAUGCUGGGAAAGAGAGGGCGAUCAAAGUAUCUUGGCCCAACAGCAGGGAGUGAGUGGUUGAAAGAGUCGGAAACACAAGAUGUACCAGACACACCAUGCAUGACGCGUGCCCCUUCCCCGGCGCUCCCCCAAGGCUUGCUUGCCACCCAGCCCAGCGUCUUAAGUAUUGGCACUACUACCGUUGGAUUUCCCUUCAACGCGUCGCCGGCUCAUAUCAGUACUCGGGAGCUGUUAGCUUGCCUGCCGUCGAGAGACGAGGCAUGGACCCUGGUAGAGUCAUACUAUCGCUAUUGCGCCUGGCAUCACAAUGUAGCUCCCAAACCAUCGUUCGAGAAGACAUUCGAUCGAGUCUUUAAGCGUGCAGAAAGCGGCUGCUCUUCUCCACCCAUUAAUGCCCAGGAGAUCGCACUUGUCUUCAUCAUCAUGGCCCAAGGAACCAUGUUCAACAUCGAGAUGCCCAAUUGUGAUUCGUCUGCUGAAGAAUGGCUACACCUUUCGGAAAGAUCGUUAGUGAAAGGAGAGUUUCUAUCAAAUAAUACCGUCGCUGGACUGCAAACUCUGCAUCUAAUGGCGCACCUACGAUUGCAACUUGAUGAAGGCCGACGCGGUGAUAGUGCUUGGCCGCUAUGGGGUUUGGUCAUGCGUUUGAUCCAAGCGAUGGGUAUGCAUAGGGACGGUGAUCGCUGGAAUCUGCCUCAAGACGUUGUCGAGGAAAGACGUAAAGUAUUCUGGGAGUGUAAUUCUGCCGACAUAUUUCAGGCGCACUGCUUCUCACGACCGUCCGCCAUCAAUCCCGAGCAUUGCGAUACAGCUUUCCCAUCCGAGCCAGUCAGACCCAACGGAGAAAAGAGCUACUCGAUCCUCCGGUUUGAACUGUCUCAAAUUUCCUCAGAGAUUCUCAAUAUGGCCAUGAAGGUGCGGAGGCCAGCAUAUUCCGAAGUUACCGAUCUAGACCUCAGACUUUCCGAGUUUGAGCACAACAUCCCCUAUUCUCUCCGCUGUAGAGCAGCACUCUUGGCUACUCCGUCCCGCUACCCUCAACUUGAAACCGCGAUCAGCGCCUCUCCAGAACCAUCUCGCAUGUCGCUUACCAUUUCUUUCCAGCAAACAAACCUCGCUUUGAAUGUCUCCGAGACCAUCAUCAACCUUCACCGACCCUACUAUGCGAGAGUUCUCCACGACGCCAACCACGGCGAGUCAGUAUACAAACCGUCGUUCUACAUUGUAAUAGAGCGCUGUGCCAUAAUUAUCAGUAUUGUCACCGACAUCCACACCCGCUUCCCGGCGGUCACCACUAGGCAGUGGAACUUCUGGUAUCAUGUCUUUGGUUCAGCCUUAUGCCUUGGUACGUUGGUCCUGCGCGACCCGGCCAACGUCAUGGCUAGUUUCGCUCUUACGCAAAUCGAUGCCGCCAUUAGCCUAUUCACCUCACUCCUCCAGCAUGGCGCCCACCCUCUGCGCUACAAGCGUAAUUUGCAGUGGCUUUUGAAUUUGCGCACUCGUGCUUUAUCAAAAAUCUCGUCCGUAUCCGCUUUGCAGAGGGGCAAUUCGCGGCGAGACACCAAUGCGGCUGGACAGAAUGAUGGUGAGGACGGCGACCGUGAUAGAGAGGACGAUGAGGAUGUCGAGUUGCUCGGUUGGCGUACCAGGCUCAUUGAGCGUAUGGGUCAAGGACACCAAAAGACGAUCAGGACCAUUCGCCUUUCUGAGACCCCAUCCGUGUCACCAAACAUGAACGUCACGAGUACGUCUGUGAAUAGUUUCAAUCCUCAAGGUCAGAUGGGAAUCUCCGAUAUGGCCAACUCGAACCCAUCUCUGCCUGCAGUGAAUCUUGAUUCGACAAAUGAACUUCUACACGACUUUUGGGAUCCCGUGCUUUUGCAAGAUGUCUUUGGCCCUUCUCAAGAUCACCAAACCUCCUUGAUGAAUACAUGGUGGGACAAUAUGCCCAAUCCAUCUCAAUCACGGGGAUAA